AUUCGGAUAUGACUAAAUCCGCGUCAGAUCCUGAUAUUCAGCUGACGGGAAUUGUUACUAAUACUCCGCAAAGAUAUGUGUUUCCACGCUUAAAGCGAUCUAGAGAUGAAUUUAAUGACGCAAUCACUAAGCAAUUGGACGAACUCAGAGAUGAUAUGCGUCAAAUGAUCUCACGCAGCUCGCAUACAAAUGAACAGGAGCUUAAGCGGGUUACAGCGGCUCUGAAGGAUAUACAAGAGUCCAACCUUAGUAUCGGAAAAUCGAUGGAAUACCUCACACUGCAAAACGAAGAGUUUAAAAAGAAGAUAGCACAGUUGGAGAACCAAUCCAGAGAAGACAAAAAGUAUAUAGCUGUUUUAGAGGAUAAAAUUGAAGACCUACAGAUGGGAAGCCGCAAAGCUAACUUUGAGAUAAAAAACGUGCCUAAAAAGCAAAACGAAACGAAAGAGGAUCUUAUUGAAAUGGCCCUAUGUCUCUCACAAACUAUAGAUUGUAAAAUAAGUAAAACCGACAUCAAAGAUAUAUUCAGAGUACGAGGAAAAAACAAUGAUAAACCGAGCCCAAUUAUUGUGGAAACCGGCUCCACAUUGAUAAAAACCAAUUUUCUAAGGCUGGGUAAGUCUUUUAAUGUGAGGCAGAAAAAUAAGUUAUGUUGUAAGCAUCUUGGCCUAAAAUUCCAAGAAGACACACCGGUUUUCUUAGGAGAACAUUUAACGAUGAAGGGCUCACGGCUACAUUUUCGUGCUCGCGAUCUGGUAAAAUCAAUGGCGUACAAGUUCUGCUGGACGGCAUAUGGCAAGGUCUUUGUGAGGAAGGACGAGAACUCCCCAAUAAUUCGGAUCAGAAGUGAAGAGCAAGUUCACCAACUCCUUUUAAGAAAAUGACUAUCUGUUCUUGUAGUCAUAAGAUAUCUGUUUGGGUUUAGACGAGGUAAAUCGACAGAGGAUGCAGUAGCUUCUUUAUCAACUUUAGUGACAGAUCAAUUAGACAAAGGUAACAAAU